CUGAUCGGAGCUGCACAUUGAAUUGGUCAUCGACAAUUUACGGUAGGAUUGGCACAAGAAGAGAAGGCAAGACAAGCAGAAGCGGUAAAAUGCAGCCUAAAGACACGGAAUAUUCAACAGAUGGAUUACCCAAAGCAUUUUUACAAAGUUUGAGGACACUCUUUGACAUCCUUGAUGACGGGAAGAGAGGGUAUGUGCACAUAUCGGAGAUUGAGAGUCGAUGGCAAGGGGCAGAUACUCAUGAUUUGCCCGGCGGGGUGCUGGAGUGCCUGAGGCGGGUGGCCCCACCGCAUGGUUGCCUGACAUUUGAGCGCUUCGUGGCGGGGUUGCGAUACUCCAUGCUGAACCCGGACAACAACAACCAAAUGAAGGGCCAGUCUGCCGUGCACACGGAACACCCGCACUCUAAUCAGCACCAUCUGCCAGCGCAAAAACCAGCCCUGCUCUCUGCCUGCUCUGUCGGAACUCGGAUUGAAAACAAAGUUAUUCCACUGGAUUCGAGCAACGGGACCAACAAUACGCAUCACAACCGCGCGUUCUCACUUCAGAGUCGGUCCAGACAUGAGGAGGGGAACACUGGAUACCCAGUCACCUCUGCCGCAGGUGGCCCCAUGCGGUACACCAAUGCGGGUUAUGAGAGAUCAGGCAGAAGUUUGGAACGGAUUCCUAUUGUGCUCGAAAGCGGUUCGUAUCGAGCAGAUUCGGCUCGAAUGGUGAAGCAAGCGCAUCCACAGCAGAGUCGGGUGAGGUCCAUAGAGUCCCUUGCGCUCGAGUCACCAAGCCUCCAAAAACCAAGUAAGUUUGAAUGUCACUCUUGA